AGCAUCCCUCCGACUCCACAGCCCUGGCCGAAGUUGGGAGACAGAAACGUAUCCCAGGGAGGGGACAUCACCCCCCCGCCAAGCAGCACGAGCAGGGAUGGGGAAACUGAGGCACAGCUGGUAGAGAUGGAGCUGUGAGCAGCCUGACCCUGCUCUGACAGCGGAGUUCAUGAGAAAAGCAAAGGGGAAGAGAUUCCAGUGCUACCCAAGGCUUUUCAUCCACUGCUGUCGUUGAGGCUCCCACAAAUGGUCCAUCUCCCCAGCAAGAGCCUCUCACGGGAUCAGCGUGCUGACGUGGCAGCCAAGACGUGGAAGCUUGGGACUCCUCUUCCACCGCAACAGAACUUGGGGGGUGGGCAGGGGUGGGCCAGGGGGACGCUGGGUGUCGCAGGACCCUUCACCUUCACUGUGGGCUUGGCUCAGGGAUGACUGCCGGCAGAGUCAACCCUUACAGCAUCGUGUCCUCCGAGGAAGACGGGCUGAGGUUGACCACCAUGCCAGGCAUCAACGGCUUUGGCAAUGGGAAAAUCCACACCAGGAGGAAAUGCAGGAACAGGUUUGUAAAGAAGAACGGCCAGUGCAACGUGGAGUUCACCAACAUGGACGACAAGCCUCAGAGGUACAUUGCGGACAUGUUUACCACGUGCGUUGACAUCCGCUGGAGGUAUAUGCUCUUGCUCUUUUCCUUGGCGUUUCUAGUGUCCUGGUUGUUGUUUGGGCUGAUUUUCUGGCUCAUUGCACUCAUUCACGGAGACCUGGAAAACCCAGUUGGAGAUGAUACCUUCAAGCCUUGCGUUCUGCAGGUCAAUGGCUUUGUGGCUGCUUUUCUAUUCUCCAUCGAGACCCAAACGACUAUUGGUUAUGGCUUCCGCUGCGUGACGGAGGAGUGCCCGCUCGCCGUCUUCAUGGUGGUGGUUCAGUCCAUCGUGGGGUGUAUAAUUGACUCUUUCAUGAUUGGUGCAAUAAUGGCAAAGAUGGCCAGGCCCAAAAAACGGGCCCAGACUUUGCUUUUCAGCCAUAACGCGGUAGUGGCAAUGAGAGAUGGAAAACUCUGCCUCAUGUGGAGAGUUGGGAACCUCCGGAAAAGCCACAUAGUAGAAGCCCACGUACGAGCUCAGCUAAUUAAGCCCAGGAUCACAGAAGAAGGGGAGUACAUACCCCUUGACCAAAUAGACAUCGACGUGGGGUUUGAUAAAGGCUUGGACCGUAUCUUCUUGGUGUCUCCCAUCACCAUUCUCCACGAGAUCAACGAAGACAGCCCCUUGUUCGGGAUCAGCCGCCAGGACUUGGAGACGGACGACUUUGAGAUCGUGGUCAUUCUGGAAGGCAUGGUGGAAGCCACCGCUAUGACAACGCAAGCUCGGAGCUCCUACCUGGCCAGUGAGAUCCUCUGGGGCCACCGCUUCGAGCCAGUCUUGUUCGAGGAGAAAAACCAGUACAAAGUAGACUAUUCCCACUUCCACAAAACCUAUGAGGUCCCGUCCACCCCCCGCUGCAGCGCCAAGGACUUGGUGGAGAACAAAUUCCUGCUGUCCAGCACCAACUCCUUCUGCUACGAGAACGAGCUGGCCUUCAUGAGCCGCGACGAGGAAGAGGAAGACGAUGACAGCCGGGGUUUGGAGGAACUGAGCCCAGACAACAGGCACGAGUUCGACAGGCUGCAAGCCACAAUAGCGUUGGAUCAGCGGUCAUACAGGAGGGAGUCGGAAAUAUGACUCUUGGUCCUUCCAUUGACUUUUCCGAGGGUAUUUUUUUUCCUCCUCUAAUCUCUUCCCCUAAAACCCGCUCCAAUUAUGCAGAACAAUGCAAGUGCCAUAGGAAUGCUUGAGAAAUUAGUAUCGUUCAUAGUGUUCAGUUUCAUCGCAAUAACCACUGAGCGGUCUGCAGGAGGGGACGGCGGCAGGGCCACGGCGCGGCUCCCGCGCCCGGUGCCCGCGGUGGGGCCGGUGGCUCUGGGGGGAUAGAGGGGUAGAUGAUGGAUGGGUGGAUAGAUGAUGGAUGGAGAGUUG